UCGCGCCCUUGGGAAUUGUAAGGGGCAUGAGACAUGAGGUGGUCGGUGAUCAGAAAACUGGUGCCCUGAUUUCGCACUUUGGGUUCGGACAGAUGACUGAGAGACAGUUUCAGAAUUAGGCAUCAUUUUCAUUUCUGCUGUUUCUUUGAGGAUGCCAGCAUCACACUGUUGCAAAAUAUGAGAUCUACUUAAAUAUUGCUUUUGAAAAAUGGUGGACCUCAGUCUCACUCACCUUAACAAGUGUCACUCAACCAGCGUAGUAUGAUAGUAUCAAAUUGAAAUGGAAUUGAUUUGCAACACUUGUCUCCCUUCAGUCUUUCUCAAUCUUGAAAUUGGUUUGGUUUGAGUCAUUUGCAGGUAGUUCGUAUCUAAAAGGUCGCCCCACCAUGCAAUGAAGGAUGAAUUCUUAUGAGCAAGAGUCAUCAGUAUCAGAUCACUCAUCAAACAGUGAUGAGUGCAUCUUUGUGGAGACUUCUUUUCCAACAAACUCAGCUGACGAGAGUUCAACUGAGCUAAACCACAGCUCUAACGAGUCUCCCAGCAGGCUGGACCGUGCAGAGAGCUACCACAGCCCCGACACUCACACUGGUGAGGAGCCGCGGCGGCCGCUCGACUCCGAGUGCUGCGGCAGCGGCUGUUCACCAUGCGUGUUCGACCUGUACGACCGAGACCUGGCUGCGUGGCGGCGGCGGCGGCUACGGCAGCCCGAACUGGCCACCACCAGCGCCAGCCCGCUCCAACCAGACCGCUUCACGGCCCUGACGCUGACGUCCAUCACGGCUCUGUCAGACUCGGCCAGUCUGUACCGGUUCGCGCUGCCAGCAGGGACGUCCCUCUGUCUGCCGCCGGGCGGCCACCUUCGUCUUCGUGGCGACGACGCCGGGCGCAGCGUCACGCGCGCCUACACACCCGUCUCUCCGCCUGACGCUCAGGGCUACUUCGAGGUGUACAUCCGUCUGUAUCCGUCCGGCGCCAUGUCGAGCUGCGUGCGCCACUGGCGGGUGGGCCAGCCGGCGCUGUGGAGCGGGCCGUUUGGCGAAUACCGGCCGCGGUCGGCCGACCGGCGACUGGUGCUGCUCGCCGCCGGCACCGGUGUGGCGCCGUUCGUCAACCUGGUCCGGGCGGCAGUGGAGGACGAGGACUCGGAGACGCGACUGACGCUGCUGCUGGCUGUGCGGCGUCUCCAGGACGUGUUCCCGCGGGACCAGCUGGCACAGUGGGCCAGCUACUGGAACUUCACCUACCAGCUGUUUGUCAGCGGAGCCGGGGAGGGAACGGACGGCGCCGAGCCCCGCUACGGAGAGCCCGUACGGUGGCGCCGCCUACAGGAGCGGGACGUGCGAGAGGUGGCGCUUCAGUCGGCCGCAGGGUCAACGCGCUAUCUGGUGUGCGGUACACGGUCAUUCGAGAAGGAUGUGCUCAAUUAUUUGCAACGUGCGGGGGUAUGUGAUGAUGAUGUGUUCCGAUUUUGAAUCUACCAGGGGUUUGUGGGAAUUCGUUGCCCGUUACACACUGUGAGUUGAGCCUUGAGGGCACUGUCUGUAUUGGACGUUAGGAAAGUGUGAGGUGUGAAAUGUGAUAUUUAGUGGAUUUUAGUGGCACCCGUUCCGUCGUUUCCAUCCUCAAGAUAUUCAAAUCCUUCUCCUCCACGCCGCAACCCCUUCUCCGGGCUGGACAGGCAACUUUAUUCCAUGUGGGCUCUCCCAUUGGAGCGCACCUCAGCUCCUAAGGGCGGCCGCGUAGUAGAGGUGGCAAAAGAGGAAAAUUUUGGGAACCAGACUCGAACCAGACCCGGCUGGACAUUUCUGGAACCAGUCGGACCCGGUCUUAGUUGGAAUCGCGGAACCAGUUGGACCCGUCCCCCAAAAGUCAAUUAAUACAAACUACUUUUAGGUAUCAUUAGUUGCAUUAUGUAAAACAGCCUAUUUCCCACUGGGAAUACUCAUGAGCUACUGUGUGCAAAGAAACAUUCACUUCAUUCGCUUAAUAUUUUGCAAUAGUGUGUGGUGCGCAAGAUGUAUAGUUUAUGGUAGGACCCGGUUGGACCCGUCAGAAAAUUUCCAGGAACCGGUCUGGACCCAUAUGGGUCCAGACUGGUUCUUUGGACCGGGUCCUCGGGUCCACAUUUUGCCACCUCUACCGCGUAGUCUGUCUGCACCAGACUAUCUCCCGUAGUCUGGUGCAGUGAGUGCUUUGGGGCUGGUCGGCCUCUCCUAUCGGAUGCCCGGCGACUCACUAGGGUGCGUGCCCAGACCAAUGUCACUCCCUAAUUCCUAGCAUCCUCUUGGCUCUGCAAUGGUCUCAUUGGACCGAAAGAGACUAGCUCAACAAAACAAAACAAAGUUGUAACGGCGGUGCCGAUCGUUUGGGUAUGUCCCUGAUGUGUUUUUUGUUCGAUGUACUUCCAAAGAAUAACCGCCGCGCAUCUGUUUCAUGUGACUAACUGACUGUCAUAAUGAUGUAACUAGUAACUCGGUAACUACGCUAACCGUAAAUUAUUUGCUUUAGCAAGCCAAAUGCGGUGUUGCCAACUGUGUUGGUUUCUAUUCUAUGGAACUCAAGUUGUCAUAUGAUGCUUGUCCUUACAUGUGCCGUACCAACCAUGAACCAUGUAAUUGCUCACUUUGUUAUGUAAGAUUUCAUUAUCCCUACCUCAUGACUCAAAUACGUGAGAAGUGCAAUACAAACAAUACGAUCUUAA